CGUGGCCCGGCGGGGUGGGCGUGGCCCGAGCGGCGCGGGGCGCACCGGAGCCAGCGGAGCGCAGCGGAGCCGCCGCCAGCCCGAGCCCCCCCGCCGCCGCCGCCCUGCUCCCCCCCGCCGGCACCAUUCCCUCCCCCGGGCGCCAGCGCGCCCCGGCCGGGCGGCGGCUCAGCCUGGGCCGGAAAACUUUGCUGGCGGCCGCGGCGGGGGUGGUGAUGGUUCUGGUGCUGGUGGUGCUCAUCCCGGUGCUGGUGAGCUCCGCCGGUACCGACGGCCGGUACGAGAUGCUGGGCACCUGCCGGAUGGUCUGCGAGCCCUACGGCCCCGCCGCCCCCCCGCAACCGGCCGAGCGCGGCCCCCUCCCGCCGCCCUCCACCCUGGUGCAGGGUCCCCAAGGCAAACCGGGGAGACCGGGGAAACCGGGACCGCCGGGACCGCCCGGAGAACCGGGACCGCCGGGGCCGGUGGGGGCGCGGGGUGAAGCAGGAAGACCGGGACCCCCGGGAUUACCGGGACCGGGGGCUACGGGCGCGGUGAGCGCGGCCACCUACAGCACGGUGCCGCGGGUCGCCUUCUACGCCGGCCUCAAGAACCCCCACGAGGGCUACGAGGUGCUCAAGUUCGACGACGUGGUCACCAACCUGGGCAACAGCUACGACGCCGCCUCGGGCAAGUUCACCUGCGCCAUCCCCGGCACCUACUUCUUCACCUACCACGUCCUCAUGCGCGGCGGCGACGGCACCAGCAUGUGGGCCGACCUCUGCAAAAACGGGCAGGUCCGGGCCAGCGCCAUCGCGCAGGACGCCGACCAGAACUACGACUACGCCAGCAACAGCGUCAUCCUGCACCUGGACGCGGGGGACGAGGUCUUCAUCAAAACCACGGUGCUGACAGACUUCAACGGCACCGUGAUCGUGGAUUCCAGCCAGGUCCGAGUGGGCAGCGACCUCCUGAAGCGCUUCAGCAUCCGCAUGUUCAGCCUGAUCGUGUUCCGAGCCCAGGUGAGGGACUCGGGCCAUUACCUGUGCGGCACCAAGGAGGGGCUCUUCUUCUACGGCUACGACGUGGAUGUGCAGCCCACCAGGCAGAUCACGGUGGCUUUUCUGGAUAAGGACCAGCACGUCCAAGAGGACUACACAGGGAAGGAAUUCACCCUCUUCACCACCUUCUGGGACUGGACCCGCUGCGACCGCUGCGGGGUGCGGGGCGAGCAGCGGCGGAUCGGGCUCUGCUACGUGCAGAGCGCCCAGCUGAAGCCCCGGUACCGCACGGCGCUGCCCAACGUCAGCUCCUGCGGCUCCAGGGCUGUGCCCGCACACUUCGGGCACCUCAUCCGCCUCCGGAGCCCCGAGGUGGCCAUCAGGAGCUGCCUGGCCCCUUGCCCGGAGAAGGAAGCCCCCGAGGAGGGCGUGCAGUCCAUCUCCAACGUCGUUUACAAGCUGGGCAAGAAGCCCGAGCUGCCCCGCGUCCCCAUGCAGUACCACAGGCAGCCCCCCAAAAGCGACCUGGUCAUCUCGUGCCCGGGAGCGCGGCCGGAGCACGCCGUGGCCUGGGACAAGGGCUCCGUGCGGCUCUACCGCUCCUACUACCUGCUGGGGGUCAGGAAGCACAUGAGGGUCUUCAUCGACCACGGGAACCACCUGCACAUCCAGCGACUGCGCAGGAUGGACAAAGCCACCUACUUCUGCUGGCGGCAGGGCGAGCUGGUGGCCGGCUUCCAGCUCACCGUCAUCUUCGAGCCCCGGCGCCAGCGGAGCCCCAGAGACCCCGAGUCAAUCUUCGUCAUGAGGGCUGUGGGCAUCAGCUUUGCCAUCAUCGUCGGCAUCUUCUUCCUCGUCCAUGUGUCCCGCUGCAGCUCUCAGGUGUUCAGGAAAGCGGCCAAGCCGUAG